AGCUCUUGCGGCCGACGGUGGAAGUUCUGUUGAUGGCUUUGGAAGUGGGAGUGGGGCUUCUUGCUGGGGGAUUCGGAUAAAAGGGAGUGCAACCAUGAAGAUGGCUGAUGGAGUCACUAUGCUGCGAAGAAACCGUCCGGGAACGAAGGCCAAGGACUUUUGUCGCUGGCCCGAUGAACCUUUCGAGGAGAUGGACAGCACCCUCGUCGUGCAACAGUUCAUACAGCAGCAGAUUUGUCACGAUCCCAUGAAUGUUGCCCAGAUUUUGACUCCUCCAGAGGGCCAGGACGAAGGCGUGUGGAAGUAUGAACACCUUAGGCAAUUUUGUUUGGAAUUAAACGGAUUGGCUGUGCGACUUCAAGCCGAGUGUCACCCUGAAACCUGCACACAAAUGACGGCAACAGAGCAAUGGAUCUUUCUUUGUGCUGCUCACAAAACACCUAAAGAGUGUCCUGCCAUAGACUAUACUAGGCACACACUGGACGGGGCAGCUUGCUUGUUGAACAGCAACAAAUACUUCCCCAGCAGGGUGAGCAUUAAGGACUCGUCUGUUGCCAAGCUUGGCUCCGUUUGCCGAAGAGUUUAUCGAAUUUUUUCUCACGCUUACUUCCAUCACAGAGCAAUAUUUGACGAGUUUGAAAACACUACGUAUCUCUGUAGAAGAUUCACAUCGUUUGUCAUAAAGUACAACUUGAUGUCUCGAGACAACUUAAUUGUGCCAAUAUUGGAAGACGAAGCAGCUCUGCAGACCGAAUCGGAAGCUUAAAGUAACCUCAAAUCUCCCCAGUCAUUCCAACCGAGAUGGCACUGGAGGUCCAACCUAGCCUCUCUUCCGCUGAAGGAGACACUUCAUUUUCUUCUGUUAUUUGAUUACGAGCUUAAUGUCGAUCCCAUUUUUUUUAAUUAGAAAGGCUCAAGUACCAAGAUGCAGCCAAUCAAUUUAGCCAUCUACUCUAGUUUCAAUGAAUUGUGUAAAUAGGACAAGAAUGUUAAGUGUGCAUUAAGCUACAAAAGCUGAUAAUUUCUUUUUAAACUCGAACUAAAAUACUAGCCUCUUACACUGUUUUUAAACAAUACUAAGUUAUAUUAAUUGCAAACUGCGUAUUUAUGUCUUCAUUUAAAAAGUAAAGAUUCAUCAAAUACACCAAAAUACACAAAUGAACUUUGCAAAAACUAUCAAUUUUUCUAUAUUGAUAAUUUGAUUUGACUUAUGUAUAAAAAAAAAAAUUAUAAUUUGUUUAGUUUUCAUUUAAUGCUUUGCCUGUGGCACUUUUUUUUUUAAUUGGCCACACUUUUGGCAAGGGUCAACCGAUUUGAAUGAAAUUUGGCAGGUCGGUUGCUCUUAGGGUGUAAACAAAUAGUUUAGAAGGAUUUUUGAAAAUUCUCUAAAUUGCCUAUUUUACAGGGGCUCAAAGUUGCUGAUUUUGAAAAAUGGCGUUUUCAAAAAUCGAAAAUAUCUCAGCUCCUGUUGCAGAUAGCGCAUAAGUUUAUAUAAGCAAAAUUGUAGGUAAUUAGACGCCCUACAACUUUGCUAUAGUGACCAAGGUCGUAGGUCAAACCUGAAGGUCAUUUAUUUUUAGCUCAUUUUUUUCAGGCUCUACCAAAGUACCAAGGCAAUAAAUUUUUUUGAUUCCAAAAUAGCCAAAAGUUGCUCCAGUUAGUAAUAAACAUCAUAUAAAAAUUUGGUGAUACUUAUUUUUUUCGUUUUUGAGAUAUUCCGGAUCAAAGGGCAAAAAACGUGGUUUUCCGAGCGUUUUUUGUGCACAAUUUAUUUUAAACCUCCAUAACUUUUUUCCUGUUAGAGUUAGGAUUAAAUGUAUUAUGACAAAAAAUAAUUGCCUUUAAUUUUUCUUCCAGAUCAUGUAUCACACAUGGUGAUCAGGUCACAAAAGGGCAUUGACCCCAUGGUGACCUGUGACCUUUUUGAAUUUUUUUACGUGUGUGACACAUGGAUGGAAAGAGGAUGUCAGCAGGAGCAUUUUAAUACCCGGAUUUUUGUUCUAGCAUCAUUACAAGUGAAGUUAUCAUAGAUUUUGUGCAGCAAAAGAUAGAAUCGGAUGAAUAAAUUAUUUAAAAAUAGAUGUAACUUCACAUCUAUUGAUGCUAGAACAAAAAUCCGAGUACCAAAAUGCUCCUGCUGACAUCCUCUUUCCAUCCAUGUGUCACACACGUAAAAAAAUUCAAAAAGGUCACAGGUCACCAUGGGGUCAAUGCCCUUUUGUGACCUGAUCACCAUGUGUGAUACAUGAUCUGGAAGAAAAAUUAAAGGCAAUUAUUUUUUGUCAUAAUACAUUUAAUCCUAACUCUAACAGGAAAAAAGUUAUGGAGGUUUAAAAUAAAUUGUGCACAAAAAACGCUCGGAAAACCACGUUUUUUGCCCUUUGAUCCGGAAUAUCUCAAAAACGACAAAAAUAAGUAUCACCAAAUUUUUAUAUGAUGUUUAUUACUAACUGGAGCAACUUUUGGCUAUUUUGGAAUCAAAAAAAUUUAUUGCCUUGGUACUUUGGUAGAGCCUGAAAAAAAUGAGCUAAAAAUAAAUGACCUUCAGGUUUGACCUACGACCUUGGUCACUAUAGCAAAGUUGUAGGGCGUCUAAUUACCUACAAUUUUGCUUUAUAAACUUAUGCGCUAUCUGCAACAGGAGCUGAGAUAUUUUCGAUUUUUGAAAACGCCAUUUUUCAAAAUCAGCAACUUUGAGCCCCUGUAAAAUAGGCAAUUUUGAGAAUUUUCAAAAAUCCUUCUAAACUAUUUGUUUACACCCUAAGAGCAACCGACCUGCCAAAUUUCAUUCAAAUCGGUUGACCCUUGCCAAAAGUGUGGCCGAUUAAAAAAAAAAGUGCCCUGUAAAUAUCGACAAUGGUUUAUAAAGACAGGAGAUUCAAGAUUUUGAAGAGUUGGGAAAUAAAUUUUCUGCAUUUUUCAAACUUAGUCUCAGUAGCUCAACAACUUGAUGAAUAACUUCUGAACUAUUGUGUAAUCCCGCAUUGAUCUGUUUUAUUGCACACCCAUUAUUAUGCUAAUAUUAUGUGUUGCAAAAUGUAAUAUAGCUUAUUGCUAUUGUAAUUUUUUUGUUUUACUCAAAUAAUGUAACAUUAUUUCUUUCUCCAACAUCAAUUCAAUUGAGUGUGUAUAGUCAUUAAAUUGAAUUAUAUUAAAAAAAUCCAGCUUAUUGCA